UUUCGCACUCGUUUUCCCAAACCAAAACCAAAAAACACUUCCGAUGGCCUACACACAGUUCGAGUACCAAGAGGACCUUUUCGCGUCCGUCUUGUUUCCCCUGUUGGGCAUGAUACUCGUCUUGAUACCGGCCACCCUCUGCUGUUGCUCGCGUAAAACCCAAUGGAGUCCCAGCCAGAUGGGCCCGCGGGCAAAGACCACGCCCUGCAGUGUCCUCGGAUCAUUUGCUUUGCUCAUCUUCAUGGUCGUGGGCUGGACACUGGUGGUGCUCGUGGGACUGUGCCUGUUCGACUACACUCGUUCCGUCUUCGAUCCCUACAAGAUUCUGCAUUUGCCGCCAGCCGCCUCGCAGGCGGAGAUCAGGCAGGCCUACUACGAGCGCUCCAAGCGGCUGCAUCCGGAUGUGAGCGGGACGGGCGACGUCGAGGAUUUCAUUCUGCUGAACACAGCCUACCGUUCCCUCAUCGCCGGCGCGGGCAACCGCAACUAUCAACUGUAUGGCCAUCCAGACGGCGCGCGGCUCACGACCCUCGGCGUUGCUCGAUCGGCCAGAUUGGCAGGAUUCUACAAGUGGGCCGCCCGGACCGUACACUCCAUGGACCAAUGGCUGAAGAUCAAAUUUACGUAGAGCUAAUCU